GCUGUCUGUCAAAGCAUAGCCCUAAGGCCGGAAACGUUUCUAGUCAUUCGAAAUAGAAACCUUGUGCCGAGCACACAUCCCCCUCCAAAAAAAAAUUGCUGCCUUCCAAAAGCCUUUCAAGAAGCAAAUAAACCGCAAAUAGUCCUGUAACAAUGGCUGAUAUUAAUAAAAUGCUGGUGUUAUUAGUUAGUAUCGUCUUGGUAACGAUGAGCCCCUUUCCCGGUCAGUGCCUGACAUUGCAGCGUUCUCAGAACGCAUCUACAUGCAACCAGACCACUGUCGCUCUUACCACUGCCGCUCUUACCACAGAGCCACCGAAGGUAGAGACCAUUCAAGCGGUUGCUAUCAACUCAACCACUACCAUCAUGUCAAAGGAUGACAACUCCACUACUCCAAAGAUCGCCACAGCGGUGCCGAUCAAAAUCGUCCCUGUGAACAAGACCAGGGCCUCUGGAAAGGUCGAGCUGCAUCGCCCAAAGCGCCGCAUGGAGCUGGACGAGCCACGCAAGCCCCACCACAAGCGUCGCCACCAGGGUGUGGCAGACGCAGGCGCGGUUGCCCAUGGCACUCCACUUGCUGUCCCCCUGGAUGCGCCUAUGUCCCCCUCUCCGCCACCAUCGCCCUUUGUCUACUACAACAAGAUGGUCUCGCCGGACGGCCAACACGAAGUGAAAGAGUUCGAGCUGCUGGCUCCCAACAUGGUGAUCGAGAGUGUGCAACAGGAGAUGAACUACGGACCAGAGGUGCUGCCGCCUGAGCUGGCCGGAGUGCUCCUGCUGAAUGCAGCGGAGAACGUACCACACGCCCACUCUGGUGGCUCAAAGCAUCACCAUAAGCACAAGUCUUCGCAGGCCCUGCCGCCAAUGCUGUACAUGCUGCAGCAGCUCUUGCAGCCUGCUCUUGAGGGUAACGACAUGGUGGUGGAGCCACCAAAGGAACCACGCAACAGGAUGAACUCGCCUCUUUACCAGUUCCUCGACGGAGCAAUGGACGUAGCCUUGCGCAACAACCAGGACCUGGUCCUGGAGCACCUCCUGGGAGAUCACCUGGAGCUCGAGCACGAGAAGGAGAUGGAGCCUAAGAGAAAUGCCAAGGACAAACUUAAUGGAAAGAAAACCAAGAAGGAGGAGUACAAGAAGGACAUGUUCAUCCCAAACGAGGUGCAGGACGAGCUAUUGGUCAGCUGCCCCAUUCACCAUGAAAUUCAUCCAAACCGCGAUGGAGACAUGGUCGACGACGAGGUGGUUCUGGUUAACGAAUGUCAUGUGGUCUAAGUUAGGGUUAAGGAAUGGGUUAUAUGGGGUA